GAAGGAGAGCUCAGAGAGAGAGGAAGAGGCGGAGGAGCACGGGGAGGAGCUGAGUGCAAGCACACAUCUGGAAGCAUCCUGCUGCUCCAAUGUGUUUGUGUGGAGCGUUGGCAGCAGCAGCGACAGCAGGAGAGUGUGGCCGCUGACGUCCUGGAACAUGGACAUUUCCCAAACACAAACAUGCUCCCAGCAAAAGGAGGCAGACGCACAGGGACGAGCGGCACUGUUGGCAUAGACCACUUAGGCUGGAAGAUGACAGCAACGCACGACUAAACGGGCUCCGUUCUGAGCGGUCCAGAUGGCUGCAGCGCUGCCAGCAGGAUGUUAACAGCAAGUUCUACAUGAGCUGACAGCACGCUCAGACGCUGAGUUGAGUAUUUGUGGUGUCGAGAAGCAUUAAGGACUGGGAGAGGAUUUAAGCUUGCACCCUGGCGGAACCAGCGCAUGGCUCAUGUGGGUCGGGUCUGGUGCCAGAAAAAAGUGAAGUAUGCCCUGUUUGUUUUAGAGUUGAAGAACGUGGAAAUGAGUGUGCAGUGACAGGAAACGGACCUGUGGUCCUGGCGGCAUCAUGUCAGCUCAUCUGACAACAUCGUGGAGGUCUUUCCUGGUUCUGUUUGGGUGUCUCCAGCAGGUCUUGUCCAUUCAGACCAGCAUCUGCCAGUUGGGGAACAACUCCUCCCAUGCAGGCAGAUGCCUAUGUGCAGCUGAUAUUCUGAGCUGCACCGGGCUGGGUCUGGAGGAAAUCCCAGUAGAUAUGCCCGGUUUUGUCGUCACUUUGGACCUAAGCCAUAACCGCUUGCUUCAGCUAAGACAGGGUAGCUUUGAAGGGCUGUAUCGUCUGCAGACAUUACGCUUGACGCACAACCAGCUGACAACUGUCCAGCCAGGCACAUUUGAUAACUCCUCUGGAGUCCUACUGCGACACCUAGACCUAUCGUCCAAUAAGCUGCAGGCACUGGAGUUUCACUACUUUCAGGACCUUCCAGGACUGGAGGAGCUGCUGCUCUUCAACAACCAGAUGCUUCGGGUAGAGAGCGGCGCGCUGGCAGGACUGGGCAGCCUCCGCAGGGUCUACCUCAGCCACAACCAACUCACAGACUUCCCUUUCUUCUCCAUCCAGGAUCACAGGCACCCUCACCUGGCCAUACUGGACCUGUCCUCAAACCACCUGCACAUGCUACCCUUGGAGAACAUAUCGAGCCUCCCCAGCAGGCUCCAGCAAGGACUCUACCUUCACAGUAACCAGCUAGUGUGCGACUGUGCCACGUACGGAAUGUUCCGUCUCUGGGAGGAGAGAGGCUUCGCGUCCGUGACAGACUUCCGAAAGGAUCACAUUUGCCAGGUUAACGGGAUGCAUCAAGGCACAGUGCGCUUCUUCCAGUAUGACGGCUAUUUCCAACGGUGCAACUUGACAGCACCACUCAGGGAACAGCAGAGCAGUGUCGCUGUAUGCGCAGGGAAAGCGGCGCUGCUCCACUGCUCCCCCAACCUGACUGGAAAAAGUAUCACAUUCUUCUGGGUUACUCCUAAUCAGGAGUAUGUGGCGCCGCCGGGCAAAAAAGGCUCAAUGAAGAUGUUUGCAAAUGGCAGCCUGGAGAUAAUGGCGACCCGAGCGGAGGACUCUGGGAUCUAUUGGUGCAUGGCUUCGGAAACAGACCAUCGGCGCAAUCGGACGCAUGAAGUCAAUGUGACAGUGAUGUCGCAUGAUUCCUGUGAGCCUCACGACUCUUUUAACACCGGAUUCACCACUUUGCUGGGCUGCGUGGUCAGCCUGAUUCUGGUGCUCAUGUACCUAUACAUGACACCUUGCCGAUGUUCCCCCUGCAACAAGGCGGCACAACCCGCCACCUCAAACGUGGCCGGGCCAGAGAGCGCCCAGUCCUCCAUCCUGAGUCCCACCCCGCCCGCUACCACUGAGGGCCCGGGCCGCAAGGUUCAUGGGCAUGACCUCUACAUGGUCUGCAUGCCACACCACUCAUCCGCCAUCAAUGCGAGUUCUUUCUCUUCAUUCUGACUCUUGGCGUCCUCCGCCCACCCUUCGCUCUGCUCCCCUGUUUCCAAGGAAACAGGACACAGUGGGACAAGACAGGAAAUGUGCUUCAUGGCCACAACAACAUAAGUGACAAGUCACAUGACCAUCACAUGCUCAUCAUCCCAUUCUAGAGACAUCAACCACAACUACAGUGAGUUCAUGUGGAGGCGGGGGCCAAAGAAGUGUAUGCCAGAAUCAAUAUUGAUUAAAUAUAUUUGAUCUUACUGAUCAUUAAGUAUGUACUCACACAUUUAGCAUGUCGUCACAUCAUAUGACAAAAAAGCUUAUGCUUUGUUUACUGUGUCCGUCGCCUUUUAUUAUUUGCAUGCACACUAACAGCAGAAGCCAUUUAAUGCUUUGCUGUUGUGAUUUAUAGCAGCCACUCUUCCCUGUGCAUGUGUGAUAUAUGGUGACAGGCUAGGUGCUGAGUCAGUAUUGGCUGAUGGCGUUUUCCCAAAAAAACUCUUGUGGACCAUUAAAGGUCGGCUGACAGCGAAAGUGACACCUGAGGGAUGAAACAUCCAGCAGCAACACAAGCCUUCGACUAUUUAAAGUGUUAGUAGCUCGAUAAGUUGUAUUAAUCAAUAAAGUAUCCGUUUCUGAAUCGACUUUGGUAUCAAAACUGAAGGGUAAGAAUAGAACUAACACUUGUAUUGCAUUUACUAUGGUAUACCAUCCUGUUCUUGGUGCUCUAUUUGGUGACCAGGUGAAGGAGAAGCCUUUCGGACGCACUGAGAUCAGGCUACAUCCUGAAAAAGGAUCCUCCCCAUUGAGCGGGCUGAGCAGCCACGGCACAAAGCAAUAACGAGAUAGAUAAAGCAAUAAAGAUCCCAGCAGGCUGAGCUCAUGUCGGCCAAUGACAACAAGAGGCUCUCAGCGCUGCUAAGCUAAUUAGCGAGGCCCACAAUCCAAUCUGGACUGACUGCUAGCGGCUCCUCUUGUCUUCCAGCCCUCUAGUAAUGGACAAUAAUUAGCACCAUUGAUUUUCACGCUGGGCUACGCGGGGGUGCGAUGUGAGUGUGUGGUGGGGUCGUCGUUAAUAGCUAUGAUGUGGACACAGACAUGGGGGCGAUGGACCGAUGAAGCAUGGCUAUUAACAGUGUGUGUGUGUGUGUGUGUGAGUGUGUGUGUUUGUUUUGGAUAACUGACGAGCUGUGAGAUUGUUGGACUUUUAAGGAUUGCUGCUCUUCUACUAAAUCAUACGAGAGAGAUGAGGAAGAGGAGAAGGAGGAGGAGGAGGAGUCCCCCUCACUAAUGGACAGAGAUAUGAGCAGGUGCAUUAAGGCAAAAGCAAGUAGAGGGAGUGGGGAUGAGUGGAGAGAAAAGGAAGCUCGCAGAGAAUAUUAAGGUAUUAAUCACCACUGAAAGACACACUGAUGACUGUGCUUAAAUCAGUUGAGCUAACAGGACUAUUGUUGCAACAUGAGAAUUAUAAAACUCUGGGGAACUUUGCAACAUAGUCGUUUGCACACGUGACAACAUUUUCAUUAUAUAAAAAUCAGUACAGACCUGCCAACUUUUGAGAAAUGUUAUAAGUGUUGUGAUACCUUCGUUUUCAUAUGAUUCGGUUACAGUGUCUGUUAUCCUGCAGUCAAACAUUGCGCGUAACAAAACAGUUUGUUUGCCCGUGUAGUAUUUCAUCGAAUCAAGUGCCCAUAUUUACUGUGCUUUUUUUUUUUUCCAAAGUAAAUUGCCAGCACUUUGACAAAGAAAGUGAGAAACACAAUUGAAUUAAAGAAAGAAUUUGUAGGAAAGUACGAAGUUGAUCCAAUAAGAAAAUUUACUUGACGGUAAGUUUUACCACAAAUUAUUGCCGAUAAAUGAUAUUACUUUCGGCAUUAUUGGGUACGUUAGUCAAUACGUUAAGCACUAAUCUAAUAACUAUUGGAAGUUACCCCUUCAAACACAAAAAACUUUUACUUCUCAUUGUUUACAAUUGUAAUUGAAAGGUUGAGCUUUUUUAAUUAUCCUAAAUUACUACACAAACCUAAAACUAAAUUUGACUCUUUAAAUUCUGUCAGCAAAAAUUGUACUUCAAUAAACAUUGAACAUCUUGAAGUGCAGUUUUUCCCCGUUGGAAAAACAAAGUUGCAUGUUUUGUUUUUUAUGCAGUCACCUUCCAACAAAUUUGCCAUACUUACUCGUUUGUCCAUGUUAAUGGGCUCAUCUUGCUCAUUGGGUUUGAAGCUGACAUAUUCCCACACCAAACAUUUGGCAUUGCAAUCAUUGUUUUCCUCCAAAUUUCUGUUACUUUGCGGUGCUUCUCACUGGCAAUUGACAAAUCGCAAGGCUCUGUCCGUGCAUCCUUUCUAAGCUAGUGGUUCCGCCUACGCCUGCAGAGACAAAGAUUGUAAGUGGCUUACAGGAGGGUUGUGCUAUACUGUAGAAUAAAUGGAAUAAAUGCACACGGGUGCUAUGAGCGAUACACAAGAGUGAACCUUCUUGUACCCUGAUUGGGAGCAUCAGACAAAGAAACAAACACACAAGGACAUGGAAAUGUAUCGAUACCAACAAUGUUAUCUAGUUAAUUAGGGACCGAAUGUCCCUUUGGGACAGAGGACCUUAUUGAAAUUCUAGCAUUUAAUUCUUUCUCUCUUUCUUUAUUAUUAUUCCGCAGCUUUGAGCUGUAAUUUGACCCCCUUAACAUGCUUCAAAACUCACCAAAUUUGACACACACAUCAGGACUGGCGAACAUUGCGAUUUAAUCAAAAAACCUAACCCCAAAACUAAAAAUUGCGCUCUAGCGCCCCUUAGGAAGAAAACACAGACAUAACUGCCUGUAACUUCCAGUAGGAAUGGCGUAGCGACAUGAAACAAAAACCUUUAUGUAGGUCUCACUUAGACCUAGGUUACAUACACAGACAUCUUUCAGCAAAAAUCAACAGGAAGUUUGCAAUUCCCCCUUUAAAACAAAAGUUUUGUAAAAACACUCACCUUUGCCUCUUUGAGCUGUAAUUUGACCCCCUUAACAUGCUUCAAAACUCACCAAACUGGACAAACACAUCAAGACUGGCGGAAAUUGCGAUCUAAUUAAAGAAACCUAACCCCAAAACUCAAAAUUGCGCUUUAGCGCCCCCUAGGAAUAAAACACAGACAAAACUGCUCCUAAGAAGAAAACACAGACAAAACUGCCCGUAACUUCCAGUAGGAAUGUCGUAUAGAGAUAAAACAAAAACUUCUAUGUAGGUCUCACUUUGACCUACAUUUCAUAUGUUGACAACUCCCAGCAAAUAACAGGAAGUUUGCAAUUCCCCCCUCAAAACAAAAGUUUUGUAAAAAACGGUCAUCUUUUUUCAAACAUGAUCUCCUCUUAGCGCGUUUGUCGUGUCUGCUUCAAACUAACACAGGAGAGAGAUUGAACCCUUCUGAUUAAAAGAUGAUGGAAGGAUUUUUUUUAUUACUGCUACGGUUUUGAUUUUAUCAGCCUUCAGAGAACCGCUGCGCUGAAAACCAUUUCAAAGAUGGCCGCCGUGCGUAGACACAGUGAGGGAGAUGGGUUUUUUUCCGUACAGUCUCCUGCUGGUGCGCACGCACCAACAUUCGUGAGGGAGGGGCUGUGACAGUCUAUACCAAGAUGGCUGCCAGGUGCCGUAGCUAAGCCGGUAUGUCUUAAAGUUGUCGUUUGCCUGCAUAUCGUAAAAACAACCGUCCAACAUUUUACAACUAAUUGUAAACUUAUAGGUGCCGACCAUCAGGGCCGAGUUGCGAUGAGAGUGUGUUGAUGUUAAAAUAUUACACCGAGUUGGUAAGUCUAUUGGUUUGCUAAUAGUAGCUACUAGCCAUACCCAUGUAUUUUCAAUGGGCGGUUAGCAUCGGGUUUUAAUCCCGUUUCCUCCUAUGUUUCUGCUCAGAUUGAAUUUCUUUGUAUGUCGAGUCUUUAUUUUGGGUACUUACAUAUGGUGCCUGACUGUUGUGGCGUUUUAAGGCCAUCUGCACUUUAAUGGCGCCGAGUUGGUAGGUCUGUUUGCUAAUUGUAGCUACUACCCAUGUAUUUUCAUUCUAACUUAUAUCUGUCAGUAGACACGUUAUGGAAGAUAAAAACUACAAAAUGUAUAAUACUAAGUAGUUCUGACUCAUAUCUGUCAGUAGACACGUUAUGGAAGGUAAAAACUACAACAUUUAUAACAAAAAGUAGUGUAUAGUUCUAACUUAUAUCCGUCAGUAGACAUGUUAUGCAAGGUAAAAACUACAAUAUAAUACAAAGUAGUGUGUUGUUCUAACUUAUAUCUGGGAAGCCCAGACUUCCCUCUCCUCAGCCACUUCCAUAUAUACUCGGUCCCGUCCAUCACUGCUUGCAGCUUUAAUUUAAUUAUUCGAGAGAGAUUAAUUGACCCUUUUAUCGGUCCAGGCCUACAAAGGUGGCAUCCUUCUUGCUACCCCGCUCUUUCCUCUCUGCUCAUCAAUAUCUUUGCCAACAAGAGUCUUCAAUAAAAGGUAAAAACGAUGUUACGAUGUAAAAUAUAU